AGUCGUCCGCUGCAGGAGGCUGGGACGGCCGUGGCUGCUGUCUUUGCGAAGGAAUGUCUCUGCAACGUAUAUGUUGGGAUGACGGUGCGAUGGCUGCUUGUGGACAAGGUGUCAAGAAUGAUAACUGGUGAAGGCCAUGAUAGUGACUCCCAGCUACGACUGAACACCUGGUCGCGUUUAACAACACGUAUCUCUAAUUAUUCUCCACACUGAAGAUGACCUUAAGCAUGGAGCCAUAAUUUUUUGAGCAAUAAGCCUUUUCUUUUAAUUACUUCUUUUGUAUCAGUCGGCGGAGCACUUCAUAGCAUCCAAGUUCUGCUAGAGUAAACGAAAACACACUACAGCAUGUUCUCGGCUUUGAAGAAGCUAGUGGGUUCUGAGCCGGGCCAGCUCAGGGAUAAGAACAUCCCUGCUGGCCUGCAGUCCAUGAACCAAAGUCUGCAGAGACGCUUCGCAAAAGGCGUCCAGUACAACAUGAAAAUAGUCAUCCGGGGCGACAGGAACACUGGCAAGAGCACUUUAUGGCACCGACUGCAGGGGAAGAAGUUUGUCGAGGAGUACAUUCCCACUCAGGAGAUCCAGGCCACCAGUAUCCACUGGAAUUAUAAAAUGGCUCCAUACCAAGCGACUGAUGAUGUGGUCAAGGUGGAAGUGUGGGACGUGGUAGACAAGGGCCAAAAACACCCUCUUCCUGAAGGUGUAGGUAAAGGCAAAAGGCGCGGCGAGAAUCUGAAACUGGAAAAUGAGCCGCAAGAGUCAGAUGAAGUUGCGCUGGACGCUGAGUUCCUGGAUGUGUACAAGAACUGCAAUGGUGUGAUCAUGAUGUUUGACAUCACCAAGCAGUGGACAUUCAGCUACAUUCUGAGGGAGCUGCCCAAAGUGCCCACACAUGUACCUGUGUGUGUACUGGGAAACCACAGGGACAUGGGAGAACAUCGGGUCAUCCUGCCAGAUGACAUUCGAGACUUGAUUGCUGGACUCAACAGGCCGAUGGGAUCGUCCUAUAUCCACUAUGCCGAGUCGUCAAUGAAGAACGGAUUUGGUUUGAAGUACCUGCACAGGUUCUUCAACAUCCCCUUUCUUCAGCUCCAGAGGGAGACGCUGUUGAGGCAGCUUGAAACCAACCAACUGGACAUGGACGCCACUCUGGAAGAGCUCACUGUACAGCAGGAAACUGAAGACCAAAACUAUGACAUUUUCCUGGAAAAUCUGGAAACUCGCAGCAAAGGCUAUGGCUCCCCGGGUGCAGCCAACGGUCAGAGCCCCUCCUCUGGCUCACAGUCUCCCAUCGUGCCUCCCAGCGGGGCUUCCACGGGCAGUUCCAGUCCUAGCACUCCUCAACCUCCGAUCCCAUGCCAGGCACUCCCUCAGUCACCAUUCACAACAGCAUCCACCGCCUCUCCUCCUCCUCCGGCUCCAGCAGCAGUCAGAGCAGCUUCCCCGACUUCUGAAUUGAAAUCCUCAGCCCAGUCGCCCGAGCACCUCCAGUCCAGCGCUUCAGCUGCAUCAGCCCCACAGAAACGCAGCUUCAUGUCUCGCUGGUUUGGUUCCUCUGCUGCUACUGAGGCUCCUGCCACAGCACAAGAUGAGGCCCCAGCUCCCGUGUGCCCUACUACUGUUCGCAGUGUGGAUGAUUUUGUUCCAGAUGAGAGGCUGGACAAGAGUUUCCUGGAAGACAGUCAACCUUCCAAAACCAAGCCUCAGCCACCUGUGACUGUGGACAGUGACAGUGAUAAUGAGGACAGAGGGAACCCCAUGGUGUCAGCUUUCCAAGACGAGUUGGAUCCGGAUGACACUGUCCCCAGCCUCCCUCUGUCCAAAUCUCUGCCGCCAAGUAAAGACAUAACUCUGACCAGUGACGAAGAGGACGGUGCACCGGUCAUCACAAGGGACCAGGACCUGGACAGUGAACCUGAUUUCAAAGCUCCCGUGAUCCAUCAGACCAAAGCAAAGGUAUCUUCUAGAGCUGUGGAGCCCAGAGCCGCGUCCAUCUCCCUCACCCUGACUCCAGCGGCAGAACAGCCUGGGAGACCACAUGAGAAGAAGAGCAGUCCGUCACGAGCUGAGGAUUCAGACACUGACCCCGAGGCACCGGUGGCACAGCAGAUGCUCUCCUUUGUGAUGGAUGAUCCUGACUUUGAGUCUGAAGCCUCUGACACUCCUAAAGUAGUUAAGUCCACCUUCCCAGUCCGGGACGAGCUGCUGUCCGACCUCUCUGAUGACGAGGAAAAGUUGGUGAAGGUCCCAGAGCCGAUGAAGCCAUCGUCCAUCUCUUUCAAACACAAGGACGACGCAGAUCUGUUUGGACUCGGCUUCUCAGAGGAAGUCCGCGCAGCUAAAGAGAGCAGCGAGGAGCAGGAAGAGAAAGAAGGCAAGCAUUCCUCCAAAGACAAGAAGAAAAAGAAGAAGAAGAGCAAAGAGGAGGAGGAGGACAAGAGUAAGAAGAAACACAAACACAGGAAAAAGGAGAAGGACGAGGCGGGCGCUGCCGAGGCAAAGGAGAAGAAGAAGAAGAAGUCCCGGAGCAAGAAAACGGACGUGGACGAGCUGGAGGACUUUCUGGGUGGAGGGACGGGAACCGUCAAACGAGACGACGGCGACUACGAGGAACUAUAAAACCUCCUUUUUUAUCCAGCAGAGCUCCAGAACAAGAACAGCACGGGUGGACUCCCCAGUCGCACAUACUGAAAACAGCAUUUUUGAGCCAUAGGUGACCAGUGAGACCAAGUAACUGGGGACGCACGGCGGCGCUUCCUCUGCACUACUUCCAUUCCGACCGAAACAAGUGACUCAUAUUGAGGGAUCACUUCCAUGUUGGUGCGUUGGCUCUUUCUACUUGACCAAGUAUAUGAAUAAUUUCUUUGGUUUGAUAAACGAUCCACUCCGAACGUCGGUGUUGUAAAUAUUGUUACCAUUAAGACUGAAUGUCCGUGUGCUUGGUGGAGCAUGCUCACGGUGACGACUGAAUUCUAGAGCUAGAGUAGUGUUCUAACCUUACCUCCCGACGUGUUGGCCUCACUGUCACAUGAUUUGUCUUGUGUCUUUAAACAAAGAUCUGGCGGGGAACGGUGUUUUACAAAUCACUCUCCAUUCAUUUUCUCCGUUCGCACGAAGACUUACAACUCCUAUUGAUGAUGAAUUCAGAUCACCUUCGGGCUUCAUAAAUGUGUCUGAGCAUAAUCCAUCUUGUACAGCAACAAUGCAAAAGUCAUUGUCUUGUAUCAACAAAGCACUCAAGGGCCUUUUUAUGAUUUAAAAAAAAAAAGUGUUUUCGCACCUCAAAAUUAAACUUCGAAAACAAGUGGAAUAAACGAAUGCUUGUCCAAGUGCGGUGAUGAUUCAUCUGAUGCCAGCAUUGAUCCGUUCGUCUGCUGUAAAAUCGUCACCACUGUCUUUGAUUUAGGGCUGGACUUCUAGCAAAUAAGCAGAGAAUGUGUUUGGUCCAAGUGUGGAUGGAGCGAUCACCAUAUCUCUUCGAGGCUCUCCUUUCCUUCACGUUUGUGAUGCCUUAUGGGAGGUGAAGACAAAGGACUUUUUUGUUACAAGUGUUCUUACUUUCAAAGUCUGAUCAGCGUUUGCUUUGUAGACGUUCACAACAAUAAUGAUCAUCUGCUACAGGUUUCACAGCUGAAUGUCGCAUCAUGAUUUGAGGACAUUUCACUACUUCAAGUCAGAUAAAUAUAUAACAAUAAUACGUGGCUGAAUCUAUUAAUCUCCACAAAUGGGCGACAAGAAUUGACUGAACUGGAAUCUGUCCUGAUGUUUGACAGUUGCUGUGACUUUUACAUUAACCUGCAUUUUACUCAUGAAAAUACAUGUGUCUUGCUUUGUGUUUAUUUAUUGUUUCCACUGGUGCAGGUGUGUGUUUGUGUGGUUUGUGCUGAAGUGUCAUCUCGUACUGUAACGCGCUCCGCUUCCUUUCGUCUCGCACGGGACCCUGACCUCCUUCACCAUCAUGUUCAACUCCUUCUCAAAUGUUGCCGAAGACAUGAAAGGAAAAAAACGUGCAUUUUCAUUCAGCUCCCAUCGUCUCCUUGCUGUCCUCAGACAGAAGGCGUUUUUAACAGUCCAAAGUUGAAACUAUGCAGCAUUGAUCCUGAUUACUGUUCGCUCUUUUUUUGUCUUCUGUCAUGUGAUUGAGGAUAAAUGCUGGAGGCAGUUUCAAGCAUGAGAUUUAAAUGUACAGCAAAAAAAAAAAAAGAAUGUAUAAAAUAUAGAAAGAUAUCUGUAAAUAUGUAUAUGUGAAGAGUCUCAUUUCAAAGUAACCAGGAGUGGAAGUUUUGAAAUAAAACUCUUCAUUUAUUUUCAGCUCAUGACAUUGUGACGUCGUCUUUACUCUCUGUGUGAGUUUGCCUGUUUGGUUCGUCCAAUAAAAGCAAACGUAUUUCCUCAUCAGCUGCUUUCCUGCCUCAUU